AUGAACACGACAGCAUGUCUGAUGAAUCUGCCCUCGGAGAUCCGGGAACUCAUCUUGCUCCAUCUCUUCGACACACCUCAACUUAUUCAUCUUCGAUCACCUGCCCAUUGCCGACUCCGAGCAUCGAGAAUCGACAAAGAUGACGCCAGCGGUGCCUUGUCUGUCGCCCGACUCCUUCGCCAAGAAGCUGUCCCGAUAUACUUUACCGUCAACACUCUCGUAUUUCGCCACACCUCCGAUGUGCUGGAGUUCAUGAGCGAUGUCCGAAUCAGUCAAGGUGUGAAAGACAAUAUUUCUCGGAUCGCUGUCGACGAUGGCGACGUGAUGGAUCUGGGCCAGCUCAAAGAUGCUCAGCUAUCCGUCAUCGAUUCUACCUUUACGCAUCUGCCGCGACUUCAAGUGCUGGAGUUCCGAGCCUGGGCUCGUACCGACAAUGCCCACUACUUAGGAAACCUCAACAGCCUUGCUGUUUUUUGGGAGACAUUGGAGAAGGAUGGACCACCAACAACGAGCAAGGCGGCGCUAAGCGCUUACAUGAAUGCUAUGAUCGUGAAUAGCUACUAUCUGUCGGCAAAGAAUGCCAUGAGGAAAACACGUGUCAAUAUUACCAUCAAAGAGGCUCAGGAGAAGUAUACUGCAGGUCGACAGAACUUGCCCGACAAUGUCAGUCUGAAAGUGUGCAACAUGGUGUUGAGCAAGGCUCCAGGUGUCCUUCCGGUAUUGGGAGGAGCGAAAGAGGCAGUGCAGCAACGAAUGAAAGUUGCUGGUGCGACGCACAUCAAAGAUGAUAAUGUGCUAGAACGUCUGUCUUGGGACACGGACGAGUGGCACUGGAUCGAUCCUACCAACCCAAGAUCACUUGGUGAGAGGUAUCGCUAG